GGUGCGGUGGACUCAUCAUUUCUACUCCGACAUCACGGUCGCCUAGCUUAGUUGGAUGCAAGGAAGGAGAUGGAAGCUAUUUUAAACAAAACCUAGUCGUUAAAAGCAACAUAUACCUGGGUAUGACAUAGAAGCAAUCUACAUGGAGUUAACCUCGCCAAUGGAUAUUCCGCUUGAAUUUUCCCUCACGUAUCAGGAUAUUUGUGGCGAGAUUGCUUUUGCGGAGGAAAAACGCCUUCCGACCAAGAGAAUAACCAAUCAGUCGCUUCGAACCAAAGAUAAACAAGCCUUAUGAUAAGAUAAAACUCAGGUUCUCCGACGCAGCGAGACACCAUGUUGGCCUGCAUCCCCCGCCACCAGAACUUCUCCUCCCAGCACCUGGUAUGCACCACCAGGGUCCUGGAGGUGGUGCCCCCGCUGGCCCUCGCCAUGCCAACGUCACAGCCCUACACUCACAAAGGGGUCUCCGUCUCCACGGCGACCCGUUACCCCACCCCGGCCGAGCUUGACGCCUUCGCCCAGAAGACGGCCAGCAGCCCGCUGUCCAUCACCAUCUUCCCCAACAACGUGCGGGUGCCCCAGCACAAGCAGCUCAACCGCACCGUCAACGGCCUGGACACCACGGGCCAGCGCUUCAGCCCCUACUCCCACCCCCCCUCGCUGGGGUCCCGCGGCCUCCUGGCCGUCGUCAAGGGCUCCGCCAUCUUGGUCAAGGCAGUGGUGAAAAACUCAGACGGCAGGAGGACUAAACACGCCCCUCCACCUCAGACGCCGCCGUUCGGCGGCCCCCCGGACGGCGGCGGCGGCGUCUGCUACGCCCCCGACGGACAGCCGCACAAGGCCUACUGCCACGGCGGCGCCGGCACAUCCCGGGUCUUGGCGCCCGACGGCCCGUCCUCCGGCACCGCGGCGGCGACCGCCAGAGGCCAGGCCCCGCCCCCUCCUCACGACCGGUCCCGGCUGAGCGAGGUGAGCGGCGCCCUGAUGCGGCGCGUGAAUGUCGCCGCCGCCGCCGCCGCCGGCCAGGCGCCCCCGCCGUGGGGGGGCGGGGCCCGGGUCAGCCCGUCCCACCAGGCGGUGGCGGCGGUGGCCCGCUCCGACUCCGGCUUCGUGCUGGGGGUGGUGGCCCCGCCCCAGAGCGGCCUGGCCUUCUCCGGAGCCGUGCUGCCCACCCAGAGCGCGGACAUGGCCAAGGGCGGGUACCUGGAGGGCGGGGACUACGGCGCCUGGCAGCACAAACACCCAAACCACCACCACCACCACCACCACCACCACCACCAACAACAACAACAACAACAACAACAACAACAACAACAACAACAUCAUCACUUACAGCAGCAGUACCAGCAGGGGUCCUUGAGGAUGUUCAGCAGUACUCCGGGCGGCCGGGGAGCAGAGAGCAUGGUGGUGGGCCAGUCCCCGCAGUCCUCCCUCCCGCCGGGCUGCUCCGCCCGGCCUCCCUGCGGGCCCCACCCGCUCAGCGCGGGCACCGGAGGGGCGGCGCCGGAGCAGAUCAGCUCCUGCGCCGCCGACUUCUCUCUGGGGCCUCGGUACCACGCCCCGUCCUGGGACGGCCUGUCGGCGGCCGCGCCCCUCACCGACUGUUACGCUCAGGAGCUGGCCCUGCCGAGGGACACGGGUCACCCCCGCCCACACAACUGCCUCGAUCCCCACCCCCACCACCACCCCUCCCAUCGUCCACACCCGCCCCAGUGUCAUCCGUCAACGACCGCCCAGCAGGCCUACAGUGCGGAGCAGGGGGUGUGCUGUGGCGGCGGCAUGGGGCCCCACGGUGGGGGCCCGGGCUUGGGCCCCGGCCUGUGCCACGCCUCGGUGCUCAGCAGUAGCCUGCAGUCGCUGGAGUGCCUGAUCAGCGAGAUCCACCCGCCCUGCAUCAAGGAGCGCAUGCUGGGCCGCGGCUACGAGGCCCUGGGGCUGGCCAGACUACUGGAGCAACACCACCAUCCCCACCUCCACCCCCACCUCCACCCACACCACCAACUCCCCCACCCCAACAUCCAGCUCCCUGUCUACAGGUGAAGAGAAAAUCAAGCAAACCUGAAAAAGGUUCACAGACAUACAGACACACACACACACACACACACACACACACACACACACACACACACACACACACACACACACACACACACACACACACACACACACACACACACACACACACACACACACACCUCUGUGUGUGGGUGGAGAAGUCCCUUGUGUUGACAGCAGUGCAUCGGUUCAAACAAGAAGAUGAUAUACGAGACAUGCCUUCUUUUAGUCAGUGCAUGCAUUUGUAGAAAGGUUAACAAGUUCAGCCAGAAGGGACUGCAUUAAUAUGUUUAACACUCAUAUUUUUUCUUCAACUCAUCACACAAUACCAAUGCCGUGCAUCAUGUUAUGAUCAGUCAUUACUUUGGGAUUUGCAGGCCAUUUUUGACGAUCUGUUGUAACAACAUGUUUCGUUCUGGACAAACAAGACACCCCGUGUGUUGGGUCAGAGUCAGCAUCCAUUACGUCACUACGUUCAACGUUCUCCAACUUGCAGAAGUGUAAGCGGUAACGUGGCUCUUGUAAAACAAUGAUAUGGAUACAUUGAAAUAGUUCACAUACAUGUGAAUAUAUCGUGUAUUUUCUACAUCCCAUAUUUUGCUGCUGUUCAUUGGGGACACGUUUUUAAUUGUUUUGCUGCUUUAUUGUUGUGUAACCAUUUAUUUACUUUAAUGAUUGUUGAUUCCUGUGCUGCCGAGCGUUGGCUGUUCCCCCGAUCGCAUAGGCUAGUUUUACUGUGUGUGUGUGGCUGUGUGUGUGUGUGUGUGUGUGUGUGUGUGUGUGUGUGUGUGUGUGUGUGUGUGUGUGUGUGUGUGUGUGUGUGUGUGUGUGUGUGUGUGUGUGUGUGUGUGUGUGUGUGUGUGUCUGUGUUUCACUUGCUGCUGUCUCGGUUGAAGUUGCAUUUAAAUUAUUUUGUGGAAAUGUGAAUAACCCUGGUGUGUGUACUCUGAGUAACGUCAUGUCAUUUCUGUAGCCAAUUGGACUUGAUGAAACAGUGUGUGUGUUGGGGGGGGGGGGGGGGGGUCUAUAUUAAAUCAAUACAAGCAUUCCACUGUUUCAAUAAUGUCAUAUUCAAAUCAAGACUGGUACAUAGGAUCUGGUGGAUGUGCCAUUCGUUGCGUUUCAGGGCCACGUUUAAGACCCAAGGCCUGGCUGUUCAGUAUGUCAAAGAGUAUUUUAUAUUUCUUUCUUUUUUUGUUAUUAUUAUUAUUAUGAGUAGUGGUAGUAAAUUAAUGUGACUGGAAAGUGGAAAGCACUGUUAUAAACAACACAACCGGGUCUGCUAGAGAUUUACACUGGAGAAAACACAGACCAUCUCAAUCAUUCAUAGAGAACCUCUUGGUAGGGCUAUAUACUGUUGGUGAUGGUGUGAGUCGUAUGACUGUGUGUGUGUGCGUCUCUGUCCGUCUGUACUGGCUACAUUAGUACUAUUUAUUUUCAACAGCCAGUUACAUGACAAACUGUCUUCAUGAUUAUAAAGUGCAAUUAUAAUAUAUCAACAUGUGAACCCUCUACAUAGGAGUAUGUUGUUGAAAUGAACUACGUUUGCAAUGUAAGACCCUAAUCUCUUACCCAGUUUGCCUAUUCUUGAAUAAGAUUGUCAAAUAAAUCAAUUUUUAUAAACAUG